AAAGCCCAAUCCGUUACCACCCAUCAUUUUUCCGAAUUUGCCCUAACAAACCCUAGAGUCUACUAAAAACCCUUGCUCCCUCUCUCUCUCUCUCGCACACUCAUCUGCCUCCCGCCGCUAGCACUGCCUCCGAUUCUGCAUUUGCUCCGAUGGGAAAGGGAACAGGGAGCUUCGGAAAGAGGAGGAACAAGACCCACACCCUCUGCGUGAGGUGUGGCCGCCGCAGCUUCCAUCUCCAGAAGAGUCGCUGCUCCGCAUGUGCGUUCCCCGCUGCCCGCAAGAGGACGUAUAACUGGAGUGUGAAGGCGAUCCGAAGGAAGACUACUGGAACUGGAAGGAUGAGGUACCUCCGCCACUUGCCUCGCAGGUUCAAGAGCGGCUUCAGAGAGGGUACUCAAGCAGAACCAAGGAAGAAGGGAGCAGCCGCCACUGCUUAAGGCAUUAUUGAAGAGUGGUAUUGGGUGUAAUUUGCAUGCCAAAUUACAGAUUUAGUUUUGAGUUUUUAUGUGUCGAGACUGGUUUUAUGAAAGAGCAACGUUUGGUGGCCGUUAUAACCUUUUUAAUGAUUUAGCUCUUUUUGAUUCUGAUUAGUAUGUAGCCUUAAUUUUGGUCAAGGAUGGAUGAGUUUUUUGUUGUUUCACCGUUUAAUACUUUAUAUUUACAUAUUCAAUUAAGUCUCUGAAUGUUGUUUCUGGUUAA